AUGUUAAUUCCGAAUUUUAUUUCAGUAUGUGCUCUUAAUUUAUUAUGUAUAAUUACUGUUGAAAGGUGGGAAGAAAGAACAGAUCCCUAUGGUAGACACUAUUACGUCGAUCAUAACACAAGAACUACAACUUGGGAAAGACCUGAACCUUUACCAUCAGGGUGGGAACGUCGCCAUGAUCAGUACAAUCGACCAUACUAUGUAGAUCAUAAUACGAGAACUACAACAUGGCAUCGCCCAACUUCAGAAUCUAUAAGAACCUUUCAACAGUGGCAGGAAAGACGCCAACAAAAUCAAGAUGUGCGAAGACAAAAUUAUCAGCAAAGAUACCUAAUUCCUAGCUCUGGAAUACAAGUUGUUGGAAGAGAUCUUCCUCCUGGAUGGGAGAGAAGAAUUGAUCAUAAUGGUCGUGUGUAUUUCGUUGAUCAUAAUACUAAGACAACUCAAUGGGAAGACCCUAGAACUUUAGCUCCGCUUCCUCCGUCCUGGGAAAAAAAAGUUACAGAUCAGGGAAUCGUGUAUUUUAUCGAUCAUAGCACGAAAACUACAACAUACACCGAUCCUCGCACUGGAGCACCAAGGUACCUAAAGUGCUUUUCUUCGUAUCAAGGUAAUUUCGAUUGGCGAUUGGCAGGUUUUAGGCAAAUGUGCCAAGACAGCGCUCUGCCAGGACAUACUAAAAUCGCUAUUUCAAGAAAUACUAUUUUUGAAGAUUCUUACAAUGCUAUUAUUUCGUUAAAACCUUAUGACCUCAGGAAACGGUUAUACAUAAUGUUUAAAGGGGAAGAUGGCCUUGACUAUGGCGGUUUAGCAAGGGAAUGGUUUUUCCAACUAUCACACGAAAUGUUAAAUCCGAUGUAUUGUUUAUUUGAGUACGCUAAUCAAAAUAAUUACAGCUUACAAAUAAAUGCAGCAUCUAGUGUCAACCCUGAUCAUUUGAAAUACUUCAAAUUUGUUGGAAGAGUUAUUGCUAUGGCUCUGUAUCAUGGCAAAUUCAUAGAUAACGGCUUCACGUUACCAUUCUACAAGCGUUUACUAAAUCGUGGUGUUUCGAUAAACGAUUUAGAACAAGUAGAUCCGGAAUUUUACAACUCUUUAAACUGGAUUAAGGAUAACAAUAUAGACGAAUGCGACAUGGAAAUGUUUUUUACGGCGGAUAUGGAAAUUUUUGGAGAGAUUAAAACCUAUGAAUUAAAAACUGGAGGCUCAGAUAUUAAAGUUACUGAUGAAAACAAAGAAGAAUACAUAAAUUUAAUGAGCCAUUGGCGUUUUACGAGAGGAGUGGAAGACCAAACAAAGGCUUUUAUGGAAGGUUUUUAUGAGGUGGUACCUUUGCGCUGGUUGGAAUUCUUCAACGAGAAAGAAUUAGAAAUGAUGUUAUGUGGCAUGCAAGAAAUCGAUGUUGAUGAUUGGCAGCAGAAUACUGUUUAUAAACAUUAUACUAAGAAUAGUAAGCAGGUUAUGUGGUUCUGGCAGUUUGUCAGGGAUAGGAAGAAUGAGCAAAGAAUCCGGUUGUUGCAAUUCAUUACGGGUACCUGCCGUGUACCAAUUGGCGGAUUUAGCCAUUUAAUGGGGAGUAAUGGUCCGCAGAAAUUUUGCAUUGAAAAAGUUGGUAAAGAGUCUUGGUUACCGAGGAGUCAUACAUGCUUCAAUCGUCUCGAUUUGCCUCCGUAUAAAAGUUAUGAUCAACUAGUUGAAAAAUUAAAUUUCGCUAUUGAAGAAACAGAAGGAUUUGGAAAUGAGUAG